AGGUCGAGCAUGAAGGAAAAUUUCAAAGGCAUCAAGGGUGGAGGGCAUCAUCCUAACCAGCGGUCGGGCGGAUGUUGCACAGGGGGCGAUAGUCUUGUUGUUGUGCCCAUUUGGAAAGCCCGACGAUGGUGAGCCUCUGCUGGAUACGGUACAAUCCGGUUUCCGCAGUCAACGAGCGAUGAUAUCACCGCGCAAGAGGUUGACGGUACGGUGCUAAAGUGGAGUUUGUGAAGCCUAAUCUUGCAACACAACCCGUAACCAUAACACACCCAUUCAAGUGAAGCGUUCUACUAGUGCGUUUGGUUCGUCGUACUGAUGCGGAGUUUUUGGAGCACAUUGUGAUCAACCAUUAUCAGUUUUGCACAUUCUCCCACUUGAUCGACAAGGCAGCUUUCUUUUCUAUUGUCUCAGCGUCGAUCAGCGCGGCAAACCAAUACCAACAAGGUUUUGCGACACUGUAAACCGUACAGCCGCGCAUCUCACAAAUGUGGGAAGACCACGGUCAUUAGAAGGGAGACACUGUUUAUCCAGUUCUAAAAGUCCAGUGUACGACGAUAUCCGCGUAACUUUCAGUGGAAGUUCUAUGUCGUGUUAGUUCCAGGUUUUGUUUGUGCCGAAUCCACUACAAAGCUGACAGAAAUGGCAGACGAAUUCGAUGCGUGUGAAUGUUUCUGGAGUCAUGAAAUUGCUAUGAGACGGUUACUGUCGCUGCUACGGCAGGGCCAGUCCUACUGUAAUGACAACGAAUGCACCGAUCUUCCCAGUCUUCCUAACGUAACUGGUGGCGCAAACUUUUUCCUAAUCAUGAUGGCUCUGAUUUUUAUGGUCGUCAUGUACGUGAUGAGGCCAUCGUCGAUGCGACGAACGAAUGAUCUGAACAAGUCACUACCGCCACCAUCGAACGAUGGUCCGAAUAAUGAUGGUGCACCACCAUCGAUAUCCUGAAAUCUAAACACCUUCAGCUGCCGAUGAAAAGCACAACUGGACCAUCUGCAUUCGCCUGUCCUGUAUCAUAACGUAGUACUGGCUCAUGCAUCGGUUCACGGACAAACCGCAUUUUCCUUUCUAGACAAUUAUCCGCAUGAUAGUACCGAUGCCGUUGGGCACGAUAUCCUUUCCUUCCCCUUCGUAGAUAACCGUUACCAUUGAAGUAUAAUCUUGUUUUCCACGCAAUUCAUCAUUUCUUCCACAGCACGUAUAGUUCAAAUCUAAAAUGUUUGUUAUAUCGUUUCCACUGCUCUACUGUCUCGCGUCUUAGGCGUUUUUCGAAGUAAUUUCGCGUUAUUUCCUGUCUCCGCGUGGCAGCUUCUUAGAGGCGCCUGUGGUGAUUGUACGAUGUGAUUAUAUUAUUUACAACUUUUAACUCCAAAAUCCAUCACAAUCGGUUAUUGUGCAUGCAACUAUUGUUUUGUUUCGUUUAUUUUUAUCUUUGUUUAAUCCAUGGUUCAACUGCAAUAAAACGAAUGUCCUAUUCAGAA